AUGGCGAAUGGUGACGCACCUAUUGACGAUAACGUGCCUAUUGAUGAACUUCCUCCUCCAGAACGAUUUCCUCCACCUCCAGAACGCCCUCCAGAACACCUUCCAGAACACCUUCCAGAACACCUUCCUUCAGAACUAAAAAAAAUUCUUGAUUCUAUGAGCUCAAGGCAAAGAAGAAUAUAUAAUGGUUCGAAACAAAAAGUCGAAAUAUUGGAAGCAAUUUUAGAAGAAAAAAAAAAUCGUCUAGCAAGUGCAAUGUACUUUACGAGCGAGGAAUCGACCAAAGUUUUCGCUUUAAUUAUAAAUUCCGUCUACUAUUUAGUCAAGUUCAUAAUUCUAAUUAUAAAGAUGGAGCGCGAUGGAAUGAUUUAUAAUAAAAUACAUAAUUUAAUUAUUUUAACACCAACAACAUUAGGAUUAUUGGUGGCGGUGACUCUAGGAAUUUAUGUCCAACCACCUGUUUUAACAGUCAAUUUUGUCAAUGUCGGAAUAGAAACGUCUAAAUUCAUCGCGUUGUUGGUUUUUCGGAUUGCCUAA